AUGGAAGUUCUUUUACCAGUUUUGAUUAUACUUUCAAUAUCAAAUAUUUGUUUGGGAAAGGAUAUCGAUUUCAUUUCAAGAACGCAAUUUCUGAAUGAUGGAGAUACCAUCAUUUCAAAAGGUGGAACCUUUGUGAUGGGAUUUUUUAGCCCCACCAAUUCCUCAAACCGUUAUGUAGGAAUCUGGUACAAACAGAUUCCUGUUCAGACAGUGGUUUGGGUUGCAAACAGAGAUGCUCCACUUGCUAACACAUCUUCAGCUGUCUUGAAGAUCACCCUGGGAGGCCAACUUUCACUUCUUGGAGACAAGGGUCAGGCUGUUUGGUCUGCCAACACAUCAAGAUCGGUGCAAAAUCCGGUUGCAGAGUUGCUGGAUACUGGGAACCUUGUGGUGAGAGAUGCAGAUGAUGAAAACCCGGAGAAUUUUCUCUGGCAAAGUUUUGAUUAUCCAACUGAUCAUUGGUUACCCGGAAUGAAGUAUGGGUGGAAUUUGCAGACUGGUCAUGAGGUUUUUUUAACAGCUUGGAAGGGUGAAAAUGACCCAGCUUCAGGCCAAUAUACACUGCACCUGGAUCCUGCUGGAUAUCCACAAAUUAUUAUCAAGAAUGGAACAUCUGAGAUUUUUAGCUCAGGUCCAUGGAAUGGUUUGUACUUUAGUGUAACAUCAGUAGAUCCGAGCAUUAGAAGCAGCAUCUAUGACCCACAUGGACAGGUUAUAAAUAAUAAAAAAGAGGUUUAUUUUUGGGUUAAUCCCAGUAAUGAUUUGGGUUUAAUUAGAUUUCUUGUUACAAGCAAUGGUAUUAUAAAAUCAUGGGUAUGGGAAGAUGAGAUCAAUCAAUGGGUGAGUUAUCGUAGCAACCCAUCAGAUACUUGUGGCACAUAUGGUUUAUGUGGUGGAAAUGGUGUCUGCAACAUACAGCAAUUUCGUGGUUGUGAAUGUUUGGACAAAUUUUUGCCUAACAAUAAUUCUACAGAAAGUUUUUCACGGGGAUGCCAUAGGAGAAAACCCCUGAAUUGUCUCAAUGGAUCUUCAUCAGAUGGAUUCCUCAAAUAUUCUAAUAUCAAAUUACCAGAUACAAAGCAAUCUUGGUAUAAUGAAUCUAUGAGCCUCCAAGAGUGUGAACGAGUUUGCUUGAGGAAUUGCUCUUGUACGGCUUAUUCCACUCUCAAUAUAAGCAAUGGAGGAAGUGGCUGUUUGAUUUGGUAUGGAGAUUUGGUUGAUAUGAGAACAGUACAGAAUGGGCAAGAUAUGUUCAUCAGAUUAGCUACUUCUGAAAUGCCAGGGUUAAAAGUAGAACCACAUCAAUCAAGCGCAAUGGGGAGGAAAAUAAAAAUCCUUGUUAUUUGUUUGUCGCUGCUGGUUGUAAUAGUUCUUGCUGGGGUGUAUCUUUUCUUGUAUUUCUGCAAAAGAAAAAGGAAAGAACAAAAGUUGAAGCAAGAAUUAGAGUUACCAAUAUUUGAUUGGUCAACAAUAUCAAGAGUUACAAAUAACUUUUCAGAGAUGAACAAAUUAGGUCAAGGUGGAUUUGGAGUCGUAUACAAGGGUGCAUUGGAUGGGGGAGAAGAAAUAGCUGUUAAGAGGCUAUCAAAGAAUUCCAAACAAGGACUUGAAGAAUUCAAGAAUGAAGUUAUUUGCAUUGUUAAAUUACAACAUAGGAAUCUUGUCAAGCUUUUGGGAUGUUGCAUUAGGGGAGAAGAAAAAAUGUUGAUCUAUGAGUACAUGCCAAACAAAAGUUUGGACUUUUUCAUAUUUGAUCAAACAAAGAAAAAGUUGCUUGAUUGGCCAAAACGCUUCAACAUAAUUAAUGGAGUUGCACGAGGGUUAUUAUAUCUCCAUCAAGAUUCUCGACUAAGAAUAAUCCAUAGAGAUCUCAAAGUUAGUAAUAUUUUGCUUGAUAUUGAUUUGAAUCCAAAGAUAUCAGAUUUUGGCUUGGCUAAGAGUAUAGUAGGAAAUGCAACCGGAGAUAACACAAAACGAGUUGUUGGAACAUAUGGGUAUAUGUCUCCAGAAUAUGCCGGACGUGGAAUCUUCUCAAUUAAAUCAGAUGUGUUUAGUUUUGGCAUUUCAAUACUUGAGAUAGUCAGUGGUCGGAGAAUUAGUGAGUUUAUCAAUAAUGAUCAAUACAUGACUCUUCCUGAACAUGCAUGGAAGCUUUACAGAGAAGGUAAAUCAAUUGCGCUUGUUGAUGAGCAUAUAGCUGGUUCAUGUGAUGUAGUUCAAGUUCUAAGGUCAAUUCAUGUCGGCCUUCUAUGUGUGCAACAAUCUCCAGAGGAUAGACCAGACAUGUCCUCUGUAGUUCAGAUGCUAGUUAAUGAUUUUGCAUUGCCUCAAGCUAAAGAGCCUGGCUUUUUUCUUGGCAAGGAAUAUCCUUCACGCACACAUGCAAAAAGUUCUCUAAAUGAAGUUACUAUUACGACAUUGAGUACUCGUUGAAUGUAUAAUUUAUAUUUAUUUAAACUCAAU